CCGAAUAGAGGAGAUGCCAAUACGAAGAAAUCCGACUUCAAUACAGGAGAUAACGGCAUGAAUGAGGACGCCGUGGGUAAAGCAAGCUUGCCGAAAAAGCCGUUCGAGAAAAGCCAUGUGCACCGAAUAGACGUUUCCGUUAAACCAAACGAAAAGAGCGCAUCUCUUACUCUUUCCAAGAAAAGUUCACUAGAAAAGUAUCACAAAACAUACAAUAUUGACCAGGCUGGAAUAGGAGUAAUAGCCUUGAAAGACACUGAGAAUCUCCCUAUUUGUCUGAUCAAGGACCGUGACGCUGGAAAACUGCGAAUUCGAGGACUGAAAUUUGCUAGCGAAGUUAAGCUUGGUACGUCUUGUCCGCUCAAUUUGAACUUCGCUAACUCACGAGAAGCAAAUAUUGGCGAAAGCUUAUUGAAGGAGCAUUCCUCUGAUACGAUUCCGAAGGAUAUCCAAGACGUUGGGUCAAUCGUAGUGUUCCUAAGUGACCGGACCGCCGCAAUUCUUGGCUUAAGCCAUGACCUUGAUAUAUCACCGCUUUCACGGCUGGCCCAUUCAUUUGUGCAGAGAGCUAAGGAAGAUACAACCGCCGAGAAGCUGAUAAAAGUCAGUACCUCGAGCUUUUUCUCUUCGUGGCAUCGCUGA